GAACACCCAGCCCGCGGACGUGGGACCGCUUUUCAAUCUCCAAAACACGCUUAAACGCCUUAAACUCUAGUUUAAUAAACCAAAAAUCCAAUACGGAAGCACGUAAUGCGUCUGUGUAAAUAUAAAUUUAAAUAAUGUAAGCAAUAUUAUUGAAAGCCCAGUGGGAAAUCGUCGCGCUAACACAAAACAUUAUAAAAUGUGACAUGAUAGUGAAAAGCGAGGAAAUAUCAAAAUCAGUCUAUCCCUGUGAAAUAUGUGAAUCGUACAGAAUGUGGACUUAGGUACCAAUAAAUAUUGUGAUAUAAGAUUCGUUUGGAUGUCUUUUGGGUGUUUCAUUUUGUUUCUCAAUUAGUGAAGUCAUUAUAAUGGCCGAUUUGUUAUCACCUGGUUAAUUUGGUAUUAUGUGUAAAUACAGUUACAAAAUGUGUUGUUCGAAGAGUAUACUGAAGAAUAAAUUUUGCCUGAAGUGGUGUUGGAGAAAGCGUUGGCCGGGUCCGGAAUCGGAAAACAGUGGGGUUUUUUCAAGCCAAGUUCGCUCAAUAAGUAAAUUUUCGUAGCCGUUGAAAAAUUUAGAUAAGAAUUAAGUAGAAAGGUUAUAUUAUAGCAGUCAAUAUGAAUACUUUCAACGCUCCAACCACGCAAAUAAAUGCGGUUGAUAAAAUGACAACAGUAAAAUGUAAAUCAGUGGAUUUGGAAGGAUAUGUCAUUAUUGUGGUACAAACUAAGGAUAACAAAGUGAAAUUGUAUGGCUCACCAUCAGCGGGCAAUUGGGACAACCUGGAGUUGGCGGACGAGAUCAUGGACGUGAACGAGACGAGACUGGAGGACAUGACCAGGACGGAGGUCCUCGGCCACAUCCACGAGUGCAUUUCGUCGUGUGUGAUCAAACUGCGAGUGAAGAGACGCAGUGAGACCAAGCUAUUAUCGGACAUCGGGCACAAUAUUAUCCAGGAUGCCUUUCUCAUCGCGGUGGAGGAGCAGGCUCGGCAGCGGCUGCAGCGGCUGUCAGCGCUCAAGCGGAUCACCCCAGUUGACAUGUCCAAGCUGUCUGUAGAGUUAAACAAAAGAAAACGAACACAGCCAGAAAACAGACAAGAACUGAACGGCUACAUAGCAAAUUCUACCGUGUAUGUAACAUCCAUAAACGAAAACGGAGCCAUAGAAAGCAAACCCACAAUAUCUUCUCCAAAAUCACAACCCAAGUCCUUGCAGGCCAAACCGGCGCCCGUUAUUGCUAACGGCAUACAGGAAAAGAAGAAAGAAGCUAUAGAAAUUAGAGAAGAAAAAGUUGAACCAGAGAAACAUGAAAAGGAUUCAAGUGAAAAAAGUAUAAAAAUUAAAGUGGAAUGUGAAGUGCAAAUAGAAAGUGAAGUGACUAGUGAUAAAGAUAUUAGUAAAAGUGACGCCUACAGUGUUGCUAGGGAGCAUUUGAAUAACGGUCGAAGUGAAAAACUGUUGGGCGAACAGCCUGACCACCGGAUCAGAGCUACAGCUAUUGUGGAGAACAAUAAACUAGGACCAGGCGAGAAAGGGCCUCGCAGACGGUCGGGAUCCAGCAUUGUGGUGCUGGGAGCGGAGGACGAGAAGCGACCGCCGCCGGAUGACGAAACAGAAAUGCUCACCAUGCUCUCGCUGUCUGACUCAGGUCCCCAUCGCGAGAUGGCGGUGGAUGUUCCGGACAGUUUCAUCGCGAGAAACAAAACACCGCCCCGCUACCCGCCACCUCGCCCCCCUCAGGUACGCCUCCGGGCAUCCAGGGACGAUGAGCCCCUCCUCCUGUCCUCUGGGGGUUCAGGCACCAGUUUCGGCAGCAAACAGAGCACUGUCCUUCAGAGCACUAUAGAUAUAUCUGGACCUAGUUCUGACGGAUCUGGCAGCUUCAAGAAUAACAGCACCAUGGAGUUACUCUCCCUUCCUCAAAGUUCUGACGGAUCGGGCACUAGCUUCGGAAGCAAGAAAAGCAAAGGUUCCUUGGAGACGGCCAAAUGUGGAGAUCUAAUGUCGGACAGAUCAGAAUCAGUCGCGUCAAACGCUACACACAAUUUGAGCGAUCACAAGAUUCAACUUCUCAUAUCUAAUGGCGAAGAUUCUUUGCUCGACUGCAGGGAAGGCGUGACAUACUCAGCGAGGACCGACUCCGUGCUGAUCAGAGAGGCAGUUUACGCUUCUUAUAAAUUGCCCCCUGGCUUCGACACCACCCCUGUACUCCUCGGAAGAGAGGUGGCGGUGGAUGUGCCGGACACAUUCGUGCAGAUUGUUAAAACGACCCCGAAAUACCCCGGUACCGUGGACAGAAAGAGCGUGGUGUUUCAGCAGGUGAACGGCACGGCGAAGACGGCAGCACCAGCAGUGCCUCCGCGGGAGGUCGCGAGGGACGCCCCCCCGCGCCCUCCCGCCCAUGACAACGUCACCAAGGAGCAGAUGGACUCCAUCAAGAAGUAUCAGGAGCAACUAAGGCAGCGGAAAGAGAACGAAGACAGAAUCGCAGCCCAAAAUGAGUUCCUUAGAACGUCUCUGCGGAGCUCCCACAAGCUCCAAGCCCUGGAGUCCACGCCACCGUCUUCUGGCACUGCCUUCGUCAACGACGCGUAUGAAGACGAUGUCAGUGAAGACUCCAUCAGCCAGUUGUAUACCGUAGUUGAAUAUCAAGAAGUUUGCGCAGCAUUAACGAGGGUCCAGAAAGCGCUAAGUGCCCAUGGAGAGAGCGCGCUGGCGUCGAGGGUCGCGGGCGCAGCCGGUGCUUUGCUGUGUCCGGCCCUGCGGACGGCCCUGGCGACCAGAUCUGCUGUUCUCACCGCAGUGCGGCAUAAAAGGACAGGGCUGGCUCCACCACACACGCACAGGGCUUCGGAUAGGUUGAAAGACUGCAUGGACGUACUAGGCGCGCAGACAGCAGCUGGUGGAGGUGACUCCUCCGCGUUGGCCGCGGAGUUGCUGACACUACUUGGUAGCAUGGAGCUGGAGAGCCUCAUCCAAGCGCACGAUCAGGCCGCAGCCUUGCUGGACCCCGCGAGCUUCACCAGGGGGAAGAGGCAUAAGACGGGGAACAACCACGUGCACAGAGACGACAAGGCUCUCACGGCGCACUCGCCCGACGACCCUGGCGAACACAUCAAAAUUAUUAAAAUCGAAAAGACUAAUGAACCACUUGGUGCUACAGUACGGAAUGAAGGUGAAGCUGUUAUUAUUGGUAGGAUAGUGAGGGGAGGUGCUGCGGAAAAAUCAGGACUCUUACACGAAGGAGAUGAACUAUUAGAAGUGAACGGCGUAGCGAUGCGCGGCAAGACAGUGCACGAGGUGUGCCAGGUGCUGGGCGCGCUGUCGGGCACGCUGAGCGUGGUGCUGGCGCCGCGCGCGCGCGCCGCGCGUCCGCCGCCGCCGCACCGCGUGCUUCACGUGCGCGCGCACUUCGACUAUGACCCUGAGGACGACGUCUAUAUACCGUGUCGGGAGCUAGGUAUAAGUUUCCAGAAAGGCGACGUGCUACACGUGAUCAGCCGCGAGGACCCCAACUGGUGGCAGGCGUUCCGCGAGGGCGAGGAGGACCAGACGCUGGCCGGACUCAUCCCUAGUCAGGCAUUCCAACACCAACGGGAAUCAAUGAAGAUGACGUUAGCCGGUGAGGUGGCAGCGAGAGACAAGCCUCGGAAAGGCGGCACGCUGCUCUGCGCCAAGAAACCGCCUCGGAAGAAGAAGAGCAAGAAGGCCACCAGCGAAGCUGGGUACCCGCUAUACUCUACCUCGGCUGGAGAUGAAUUCGAGCAAGAAGAGAUCCUGACGUACGAGGAAGUGGGUCUGUACUACCCGCGGGCGUCGCAGAAGCGGCCCAUCGUGCUGAUCGGGCCGCCCAACAUCGGCCGCCACGAGCUGCGCCAGCGCCUCAUGGAGGACAGCUCCAGGUUCGCCGCCGCCGUGCCUCAUACGUCUCGACCUCGAAAAGAUCACGAGGUCCCUGGGCAGGACUACCACUUCAUAUCCCGGACGCAGUUCGAGGCCGACAUCCUGAAUAGGAAGUUUGUGGAACAUGGGGAAUACGAGAAGGCUUAUUAUGGUACCUCAUUAGAAGCAAUACGCGAGGUGGUCAACUCAGGGAAGAUCUGCGUACUGAACCUGCACCCGCAGUCACUGAAGAUCCUACGGAACUCUGAUCUCAAACCGUACACAGUGUUCGUGGCGCCUCCGAGUCUUGAGAAGCUUAGACAGAAGAAGAUCAGGAAUGGGGAAGCAUUUAAGGCAAAGGAGCUGAAGGAAAUAAUAGCGACAGCCCGCGACAUGGAGCUGCGAUGGGGGCACCUGUUCGACAUGAUCAUCAUCAACAACGACACGCAGCGCGCGUACCAGCAGCUGCUCAACGAGAUCAACAGCCUCGAGCGCGAGCCGCAGUGGGUGCCCGCGCUGUGGCUCAAGCACACCUAGCACCCGCCGGCGGCGGCGGCUCCGGCGCGAGCCCGCGGCGAACAAAGCCCGCAAUGUAUCGUGCACAUCGCCGACACCCCCGGCCCCGAGGUACCGCACACACGUAACCUCGUCCACAGAAAUUCUCGAAUGUUCUGGAUGGUGAUGUUGGAAACGAUCACGCAAAUGGUUUUACAUUUGCUAUUCUACUUUCUGAUUUCUUGCGACAGAAAGGGGAGAUUUAAUUUUAAAUGGAAUAGGUUGUUGUCGAGUGAUGGAAUGAAUAAUGUAGAUGUUAAUGAUAGUGAGGCGUGUAGUGGCGGACCGGAUUCGAAUCACAAAACUGUAGAUGAAAAUAUAGAAUUUAGUAAUGUGUUCCCAGAUUUAAAGUGUUUAGUUAACGACGAUGGUCGUUCGAAACGGGAAGCGUCUGAGGAAAAGUGUAUAAACAUGCCUUUGACUUGACUUGUGGUUUUUUUUACUUUGUUUCAAUAGGUAAUAGAAGUAUUUACUCAUAUUUCUAAAAUUCGUUGCCCACACCAAAGUCCAGUAGAUAUACGUAAUGAUAUACUUGAAUUGAAAUGUAUGAUAAAGGGACGAUCGCAAAUAUGAUUUGACCUUGUACAUCAAGAAGUCUACAAAAACUAUCUUUUACAUAAUUAACAAUAUGGACAAAUUGCCCGUCACCUGUUUGUCAUUCUUUUCAAUUUAAUAUAAAAACAUAAUGUUACAAUUUACAAGUCAAGGGUGCAAAUUACUUAUGAAAAGAAGAAGUGCCCGGAUGAGAGAAAUUUAGUAAAUAUUAUUCAUUCAUACUAAUGGUAGACCACGCGUAUUUAAUAUUAAAUUGAUAGUAUCAUCCUUACAUCAGAUACUGGCAAUAAUUCACUAUCGUCUGAUAUUAGGCAUAAAGUUUUCGUAGGUAGUGGUUUAUAUAUGAUACAAAAACAAUAAUUUGUAUGUAUGUAUUCUAAAGUAAUACAAUGGAAUUCUUUUGAAAUAUAACAAAUGUCCAUGAAUGUUGAGUAUAUAAAAAAAUAUUUUUCGUGAUGACCACAACCAUGACCAUUUUCAUUUCUAUGAUUAAAAAUGAAGGUGCGUAUUGUUUUUAUAAACGCCCUUUAAUAUUUAUUAUGAGGUACCUACCCUUCAUUUUUAAUUAUGACAAUACUAUUGUAAUAAAACAUGAUUAUUCUGGCCAUUUUAGCUCACUUUCGUAGUUUGGACAUGAGAUUACCUAUGUCCGAUAAAUUUAGGCAGCCUUUCUGAUUGAAGUAGUUUUCAGAUCGAUUCAGUCUUACAAAAUUAUUAAAUUUAUAAUUGAAUGUUUGAUAUAAUAAAAAAUGCUUUUGAGACCCCUGCUUUUAAUAUAAUCUGUUGGACGAUUUGCAAAAAGAAAUGGGUGCAAAAUAAUAUAUAACUAAAUUGAACAGUUUAAAUGCGAAAAAAAAAAUAUCGCUAAUGCCCUGUUAACCAUUUUUCAAUAAUAUUAUGUACGUACUACAUUUUAAAUUUGAUGUUCAAAUUGUUCUUAUUAAAAACAAAAAUAAAAAACAAAUUAUUUUUAAAUAGAUAACUUAAAUAGUAAUUGUUAAAAUUUACAGUGAGUCCACAAUAAUGCGAAGGAAUUUAUAGUUUGCUAAUUUUGAAUAGAUAGUGAUAUAAAAUAUGUACUUACGAUGAAUAAACAAUAAAGUAAAACCUACCUAUUUCUCUAUUUGCCAAAUUUAUACGGUAGUUUAAAAAAAAUAGAGAUUUUUCUAAUAAAUUCUUCAGUAGUUCUUUAAUGGGGUUUAUCUUAGAACGAUUGUAUAGAGUUUCCAUACAAAGUAUGGCAACGUUUCGAUCCCUUACUCCUAGUAGGUACCUAUAAUCUAAAAAAUUAGAUAAUUAUUCACUUUUCAUUUUGUCUGUGAUUGACCUAUGUCCAAAUUCGUCCAACUGCUAUAUUUCAUAAAUCUUUAUGUAGCCGUUAUUAUCACUUAGCUUAGGGAGUGGAAUGUUACCUAUAUAUUGUACGGAAAGGUAGUCACACAAUCGUACUAAGAAAAGACGGAGGUAGGAAAUUUAUAGUUGGUACUUACAAUAAACCAGUAAAUUUGAACACUGCUAUGAUAGUGAGUAGAAAAGCAAUAUUUUAUAUCCAUAUAAUCAAGUUUACCUAUUGUACAACGACAUAUCUGAUUUUUAUAGUAUACCUAUUUCAAUUUUUGGCCAAUAGAUUAUGUAUUCCUUUUGGUAAAUUUACCACAUAAUAUAAAUAAAGUUAAAUGAAUGAAUAUUAGUCACGAGUUUGAUGUGUUUGAUUUUUAAAAUUAAGAUUUUAAUUUACUAAGAUUAAUUAUGUAUUCAGAAUAAUUUGAAGAUCAUUACAUACUUAUUGGAAUCCGAUAAAAUAUCUUAAUUUUUUAAAUGUAGAUUUCAACAACCUUACAAAUCUUUGAAUUGAAAAACUUUGCCAGAAGAAUAACAAGACAAGAUCUGAUGCCGUGUAUAAACCGGAUUUUCAUAUCUAAGAUUGUUGAAACCUACAUUGAAGAUGGUGACAAUAAUGUUAGUGAAAAUUAUGAUACAUAUAAAAUUUGCAGCUUUUGUAAAUACCUACAUGUUACAGACUGCUACUACUUAAAAAUCAACUAUUACUUAAAAAUCUCAAAAAAUCUGACAUGUUAGUAGUUUUUACAGUUUAUAAAGGACUCAUUUACGAUCGCCAUUUAUUUACCCUUACCUAAAAUAUCCACCUAUAAAUUGACAAUUAAUAUAUAUUACUUACCUUUAUCUAAAAUAUCCACCUAUAAAUUGGCAGUUAAUAUAGAUACAUAUUCACUUUUAGCUGUUCAAAUUGAGCUUCAUAAUUACUUAAUGUUUACUAACAGAAUUGCCACCGUUUUGUGAUAGUACCUAAGUAGUAAAAUUGCAAUGAUUGCGAGAACAAUAUUCUAAAUAUCCAGAAGGUAAAUAUUCGAUUACAUUAUUUGUAUAUCUAGUGUUGUGCAUUCCAAAUAAUAUAGUGCCAAAUACAUAGGCCCCGAACGAUAGUGAGGUAUUCUUUUUAUAAUAAUCACAAUUUUUUUAAAUACGUUGUUUUUAUACAUAUUAUGUAUGUUGUAGGUACGUUAUACCAUUACCAUUUCAUGUUAUGUGUACUGAUUUUGAGAUGUGGUGUCUAAUGUUUUUGAUCGAGAAAUAUUCAUUAGUUAUGUAAGUUGAAAUGUAUUUGAACAUAAAGUCAGUGUAGCCGGUGAGGUGCUAAAAUUUAUAAACAAAGUAUUGUUUUUAUUAUAAUCUGUGUGUUUUUAAGUUAUUGUUGUCUUGGUGUGUGCAUCAGUCAUGUUUUCAGGGGUACAGCGUGUUUACUAUUUUUACAGCAAGAACGUCUUACGUUUCUGAUGCACACACUCAAGUGUAAUACCUAAGGUGGAUUUGUCGAGACUUCACAGUAUUGAUAUUAUCUAAAUAUAAAUAGUCCUGUAUAUAAUUUAUUAACAACUGAAUAAAUAUUAAAAAAUAUAAAUAACAUGUUAAUAGAGAACAAUUUAAUGUAAAUAAUAGAGUACCUAUUAAAUUUAAUAUCAGAUAA